GUACUGUAAAUGCCAACGGUGAGACGAAACGACAACGGACCUCAUACACCCGCUACCAGACGUUAGAAUUAGAGAAAGAAUUCCAUUUUAAUCGUUACCUGACCCGCCGAAGACGCAUCGAAAUUGCGCACGCACUCUGCCUCACCGAACGACAGAUCAAAAUCUGGUUCCAAAAUCGACGAAUGAAAUGGAAAAAGGAGCACAAAAUGGCUUCCAUGAAUAUCGUACCCUAUCACAUGGGCCCCUACGGUCAUCCAUAUCAUCAAUUCGAUAUCCACCCGUCACAAUUUGCUCACCUGAGUGCAUAGGACGCGUGGCACUUUUCGGGUACUGGUUAGAGACUCAAUCAGUUGUAUCAGGAACCAUAUCAGGCGGCGGCAGCGGCUAGUGUAGCAGCCGGCGGCUAUCAGACACAGAACGCACAAGACGCCGGCAUGCCGCUGGGCGGUGGUGCCGGUGUAGGUGUUGGUGUGGGAGUCGGUGCGGGCGGCGGAAAUUCGCUGUUCGCUUCCGCGACCGCCUCCAACGCUGAAUGUGUCAAAUAUCCGCAAGAGUUCUGAUCUCAAGUUAUCUUCAGGGAACAUCAACAGCAAUUGCAACACCAACAGGAGCAUCAGCUACAUCUACAACAAGAACAAUACCAACAACCACAACAUCUACAACAACACCUGCCAAACCAUCAAAGCCAUCUUGGUUUCCAGUUAGAACGUAUUUCGGAGUUGCCACUCUGUCAAGAGAAGGAUUUGUGUGAAGACACAGAGGCGACUGAACUGGAGCUCAAGAAUGAAAUCGUUAGUGGUUGUAACAUGUUUUGUUGCUGAGAGAUGCUGAUGUUGCUGUUGCGAUGAAGCUGUAGAUGCUUCAUACGCUGCUGCUAGCUGCUAGCGACAGCUAACAAAAUGAACAACGAUGAUAAUUUCUGAAUGCAACUGAUUUGUGUUAAGCAAGCAACGAGCCUUCAAGUAAAUGCGUUUAGUACUCCUGUGGAGGGUUUGUGUCUAUCGCCUACUCUUCCGGGAGAGGCUCGUGCAGGUUUAUGAUACUGGUCAGUAAGGAGGAAUUUCAACAAAAUUUUCGAUUGCUUUGGAAUCUCGUAAAUUCGUCGAAUUUACAUUGAAAAUCCUCUAUAUAUAUGUGUAUAUAUGUACCUUAAAAGAAAUGAGGGAUUCAAAUUGGAGCGCCUCCGUUUCGUCCUCUUUUUCGUGGAAAUACGAAAACCGUCCAGUAUGAUAAACCGCUAUAUUCUCUAAGCAGUAUUCGAAAAGCCAUUAGAUGUAAGAAAACACAUAGCGCUAUCAUCAGCUCACAAGCUUGGAAAGUUCAAUGAAAUUAAAAUCCUAAUAGUGAUAUUAUUGUAUACGAAAUUUUUGAACUUUUUUAAUGUCCAUUUACCUUCAUAUUUAGAUUGUGUAAAUUUUAAUUUAAUUGAUUUAAAUUACUUACAAUUUGAAAAGACAAUGAAGGUAGGCUUGUUGCCGAUAGUAGCGCCGCGUUAGUAUAAUUGUCAAACUGUAGGCAAGUAAUUUAAGGUUUGUGGCUGCACUUAACCUGCAGCUCUCAAACGAAACCUCUUACACAGCGCAUCUCAAACUGUUUACGAUUUUUGUUCAUGAUGUGCCUGGUGCCGCUAAAACUGUCGAUUUGCCAAUCGGUUUGGGAACGAAAUACCCUACCGGAAUCGGUUAGGGACCAAAAUCCACAACCGGAUGUGACACCAUUGUCAACAUUGAUAGAGAACUUGGAAAACUUGAACAUAGCCAAAUGCUGUUUGCGAGCGAAUCGUGGUGACUGUACUUAAUUUGGUUUAUUGGUUAAAUAUGUACGUUUCAAAAUAAGUAUUAAAAUGAAUUUCGCACUUUCACUCAAAAAUAUGUGUAUAUAGUAUAUUCGUAUUAGAAAUAUCUGUUCAACUUUUAAAUUGGUUAAUAUCUAAGUAGCUUUAAUUUGUUUUUAUUGUCGUUGAAUUUUUUAGAACCUCCGCACUAGGAAAAUUCGCAGUUGGACUUAAUAAGCACGUGAUUUUAGAAAUCUUUUAAGAGUAAAAAUUUUUAACAAAAAAGUAAAACAAAUUCGGGGAAAACAGGGCAUUUCGUUAGCACACAGUCAUAAAUAAUUUAAGAAAAAAAAUAAUAUUGGUUUCUCACGCUUCAAAUUACAAGACUAAAUGUGUUCUACACUAUUUUCAACAAUGUUUUAUUUAAAACAUUGUAUGUAUGUACGUACAUAGAUGUGUUUGUAUGUACAUAUCUAUGUAUGUAUGUAUAAUUCUUAUCGGUAGCAUAAUUUUCAAGUGUAUUGAUACUGACAACAACAAUUUUUAGUAAACAUUUUUAUCAAUAAACCCCUUUUGAACACAACUUUGAUUAUAUAUAACAGCAGAGGUAUAAUUUGUGCGUGUACAAGGAUUACAUAUAGGAACAUGAAUCAAAUUACAAUUGAGAAAAAUGCGAUUAUGAAAUUGCAAACCCCUAAGAUUAGUUUUGAUUAAUUUGCUUACACAUCUGAACCUUUUCAGAAAUGCAUAUAUGUAUAAAGACUUGGUGUGUAUGUAUCUAAGCAGGCUGCUAUUUUUAUUCCCUGUUAAUGCUAAGGUUAGUGCAUUCGUAUCAAUGUAGGUUAACAAAAUCUACAUAAACUAAACAAAAACUUAAAUUAGUUCAAAAAUAAUAAAAAUCAAAUAUAACGUGAAUCAUUUUAGCAGAAUUUGUUUUAAUACGAUUUUUCACCUGUACGUUUUUCUUUUUGUAUCAAUUGAGUUUAGUAAUACGCAACUGUUUAUUUUCAUAAGUAAUUUGCAAUAUCAGUAUAAAUACAUAAUGAUUAAAAGUUUGAUUAAGUAUGAAAUAUGAGGUAGGUCUUAGUAAAUGUAAGUCUUAGUAUUACCUACUCUACUGGCAUAUGUAUGUAUGAUAUCUGAGGUAGGUCUUAGUAAACGUAGGCCUUGGUACGAGCUACUCUACUUAUAAAUACAUUUGUAUAUGUAUGUAAGGAUACUGCAUUCCAUGUAAAGAAAAUAAAUGUUAUAGUAAAGGAAUACAACUUAUUCAAAAACAACAUUAAAAUUUUACUAACCCGUGAAGUAUUGAAACAAUUUCAGUAGAAAAUACGAAAUUAGCAAUGCAACUUUAAUUUGUAUGUAUGUAUGUAUAGAAAGAAGUAAAUUGAAUAAGUUGCACUACGCGCAAUAUGCAUAAAUUAAUGCAUAUAAGAUGUAGUAAUAUAAGAUUAUUCUAAUGCUAUAGAUAACUAAAAUCAGCAUAGGUUAAAAAAUCAAAAGAACAAAGCUAAUAAAAUAUUUUAAAAAAUGUAAAAUAC